UUGAGACAUUUCUCAGUCAGUGCCGGUGAGUCAAAAAGAAGAGAGGGAGACAGAAGUGCUGGUAGUACAACCAGGUCUUAAUUGACAUCAGGAUGAAUUCUAGCCAUGGCUUCUACCACUUUUCCUCUGGCUCCCUUGGAGGAGCCACAGGAUGCCUUCUCCAGCCUAUAGGCGAUUGCUACAGAACUUCCAGUUUCCAUGGAAUAAGCAGCAGCCUUCCCAUGCCUGUGUCCUUUGGAAGCCCUAUCUGGAUAGCUUCUGAUGCUGGGACAAGCUGGGGAGCCUUCAGUGGGAGUCAGGGUAACCUCUUCAUGGGAGGGAACGAAAAGCGGACCAUGCAGGACCUGAAUGACCGCUUGGCUUCCUACUUAGAAAAAGUACGAUCUUUGGAGGAAGCCAACACACAGCUGGAAGGCUGCAUCCGGGAAUGGCACCAGAAGAGGUCUCAUGGCACCCAGCGGGACUUCAAGGAUUACGAACAAAACAUCUCAGACAUGCACGAGCGGAUUGAGACUGGACGGGUUACCAAUGCAGGCCUUGUUCUACAGAUUGACAAUGCCAAAAUGGCAACAGAGGAUUUCAGGCUCAAAUACGAAGCUGAAAGAGCUCUCCGGCAAAAUGUGCAAAAUGAUGUUGAAAACAUCCGUAAGGAGCUAGACAACAUGACGAUCAUAAUAACUGACCUGGAAAUGGAAAUUGAAGCUUUGCGUGAAGAUCACAUACUCAAAAAAAAAGAACAUGAGGCGAAUAUGCAGGCACAUGGCGCAUCCAAAGACUUUAAAGUGAAUGUGAAGGUGAACAAAACUCCACAAGAAGAUUUGUCCAAGAUCCUGGCAGGGAUAAGAGCGGAUUAUGAAGCUAUAAUUGAAAAAAACCGCCAAAGUCUUGAUUCUUGGUUCCAACAACAGAUCGGAAAUGAAUCUUUAGAGGGGCAAAACAACCAGGAAGAACUACAAAACACCCAGAAAGAAAUCUGUGAGCUGAAUCGCACACUGCAAACCCUGGAAAUUGAUUUCCAGACAGAACUAAAUAAGAAAUUUGCCCUAGAAAACAAUUUGGGAGAAACCAAGGCUCGCUAUGCUUUCCAGCUUCAAAGUAUCCAACACCUCAUCAAAAAAUGUGAAGAAGAGCUCAGCAAAUUUCGACAUGAUAUCAAGUAUCAAAAUAAUCAGUACAAGGUCCUCUUCGGAAUAAAAACACGUCUGGAGAGGGAAAUUUCUACUUACCGCCAGCUUCUGGAUGGUGAUGUUGAUUGGAAGACCGGCACAAGCCUUAGAGAACACAGAUCAAGCAAUCAAAACCUGAAGAAAAUUGUGCAAGAGACUGUGGACGGAGAGGUAGUCUCUACACAUACUACUGAGAUCAAACGGCAGGCAUGAUUUCCAAUGUGAAGGAAAAUUUACUUAGCUGCAAAUCAUAUACAGAUUUGACUAUUUAAUGAAAACAUUCUAUAUACGUUCUUUGGGGAUCCUGAAUUCUUUUUCUCAAUCUUUCAUCCAUAUGUAAUUUAAUAUGAAUGCAAAUAAUUCUCCAUCUUCUGUUGUAUCGUGCUUCUUUAAAACCUCAAAAUAAAUAAUAGUAUCAUUAA